AUGGAGGCUCUCUUUUCGCCAGCUGAGUGCGUGGGACGAUGCAGGUUCUGUGAGCAGCCUCCAGCAGUCAUAUUUGUUCCACAAACCGCUGCGAUAAGAGUUGCGGUGGAAGUUCUACUUGCCAGUGGCGGGAGAGACACCAGCUUCGUAGGACUGAUGCAGCUGCAGCUCCAUGCAACCAAUGGCGACGAAACGCUGCCACAAGAUUUUUAUGAAACGCAGUGUGACCGUGGUCUUUGCCUUUGGAGUGAUUUGGUCCUUAGAAGCCCUCCAGGAAAGUACCACAUAAAAGCUGCAGUGGCAGGGCAGGUUGCCCUUGGAGUACCAAGCACAAAUGCAGAAUACAGCAACGCCACUGUUCGCCCUGCAGUAUCCGCCCCAAUUGUCUUCAAAAAAAAAGUCAGAUUUCCACAGAUGAAGGGCACAAAUGCAAAUGAGGCCCUCGGUCAAGCUGAGUCGGAAUCCGCUUCCUUGCUUUGGUUCGUUCAAACUGUUCCUCGGGCAGUCCGAGUAGGGCAGCCGUGGGAUCUGGAGGUCGCUGUAGACCUCAAAUCCUUGAACCUCACACAGAGCGUGCUUCACAAAGAACGCUUGAGACGGGAACGAGAAACACUAGGAAGGCGAUCUGCGCUUGCCGGAUGGAGCAGUUGGACAGAAGGUAGCAACUCAUCCCGUUCACUCCGGAGCUGGCGAGACCGACACCGCUUCAUCCCUCAGCACCGGAAAACUGAACCCCGCAACCCUAAUGGUUUGCAGCACAAACUUCAAGUUUUCAUAGCAGAAUCGUGGCCCGAGGGCACGAUCGUCCUCAGUGGAAAGGCAGAAGGAGUAACGAAUGGGCAAGGACUGGCGACCAUCAGUGGCCUAGCUUUGUGGCUGCAGGACCAAAGAUCCACAAGUUUUCGCAAGCCCUCGUGGGUGAAGCUUCGUGUUGUUUGCACGAGCUGCAGCAGGGCCAACAAGGAAUUUCGUACACAACUGGAAACGCCGAAGAUAUACCUUGACACAACUUCCGCCGUAGGCGUCUACAGUGACGCCGGAAAGGCCGCUUCAGCCCUCUUGAGGUGGCAGUCAGCAAAACUUCUUCAUGGACCACUUACAAAAAGUGCUGCCCUCAUACUUCCAGGUCAUCCUGCACAACUAUGCGUACAGCUGCUAGAUAGGCCCUUUGCUGACGUGCUCAUAAAAGCUGAGCAUGAGCCAGGGCUUGUCCUCUUGGGUGAGAGCAGCAUACGCGUUUCUCCGUAUGCAUGGCCUGUGUCUGCUUGCUGGAAAUUUAAAGCUAUGUCUUUCGAAGACCAAAGCGAAGUACAUGAGAAUGGUCACAAAGUCUACUUUCAGCUCAUUAGCACCGAUGUCUCCUACAGCAAUUCUGCUCGGGUGCGCUGGAAGGGAAUGGCUGCUUCUGACGGCUCUGUGAAGGUCAUCGUCUUGCCGUCUCGCCCAACUCUCGGGCCAGUUGCUUUUCGCGAUCUACUACGAAACCCAGAUGUGAGUCGCGUUGCAAUGCUGGAUACCCAGCAAAGUGGAAGCCCAAAAUGGAUAGAACUACGUUCAGGCUUACUUCAGGAGCGAGUCCGACUCCCUAUGGUUACGAAAGUAGCUAGAUCUAGCAGGAAGACGCAGGCGCAUACUGUUGCCGAGCAGUGGGCCGAAAACAAAGAACGCUUAUUUCUACGGUGGCAAUCUUCCGCUGUCGUGGUUGAACUUCUGCCGCCACAAACAAAAGUCGUACUAGAACUAAGACCAUCUGCUCCACUUCGCUCUAUGUUACAAAUCACAGGCCAGUGUGUGGAUACAGAUGCUGGGAACAUUCUUGUGGCCACGCUUAGCAGAACGAUAGGCGCAGAAAUAUCUGGAGGGCAGUCUGCAAGUAAGAACCAAAACAGCUAUGGAGAGCAGAAAUCGCAGGAACUGAAGUUGCUGCUCGACUGGAGUCAGCUGAAUCCAUCAAGUGCUGGGCUGCUACGUCAUCGCGUAGUUUGCGACUUCCGUGUGGCAAGCCAUACGGAGCAGCAAGUGCAAUUUCUCCCCAGGCCAUCUGUGGACUUCGGCAACAAUGUGAGGAGGGCGAAGUCUUUACUUUCCAGCGUGGCUGCGAACCCUGUCCAGAAGGGUUCGAGUGCUCUCUCGGCACUGCAAAGCAGUGUAGGCCUGGCGAAUUUAGUCCAAGAGGAAGCCUCACGUGCCAGGCCUUCAUCCCGAACAUACGCACCAGUCGGCAGUGGGCUUUGCUAUUCCUGCCCCGAGGACGCAGUCUGCACUGACCCUGCAAAAAGGCCAGAACAGUGCCCACUUGGAUGGCAGCGAAAAGGAGAAGAGCAAGUAUGCACUCCAUGCCCGCCAGGCAAAAUGUGCAACGGCUGGAGCGGUAUUGCUGCUAGGGAGUUCACGGACGUGCGUUGUCCUUUGGGCACUUACACGAAGGCGGAAUACCCAGGUGUUUGUAUUCCUUGCCCGCCUGGAUUCCAGUGUCCGGACCCCAUAGAAGCCCCGCAGCCGUGCCCUUCUGGAACAAGCUCCCUUGGGGGCAGUCGCACGUGUUCUGCAGCGCCUGCUGGACUUAUAGUGGAGCUUGGCAAGGAGCACCUGCCCCCCCGGCCCUGUGAUGACGGACUUAUGCCCAUUGAAGUAGACGGAAAGUGGUGGUGUGGCGUGGGAUACGAUGACACGAGCUUCGAUUUUGAACAAAAUAGCUCACCAAUGCGCUCUUCUCCCGUUGCCAGCACUGACGUCACAAGGGCUCAAUCCUUCCCGAACCUGUGUACAGCAAAUCUAAUGGAUCAUAAAUCGUGCUUUUCUUCAUACCUGCCGCCCAGUACGUGGUGCCCAGCCUAUGCCUCUGCGGCCCCCAAGAAUGGCGCCCUAUUAGACGUGGUUACUUUCAGCUUUCCUGGCAAGGAGGUGUCACAGGAUGGACUGCGCAAUAUGACACUCCAAAGGAAUAUCCAUGUUGGGAGGGCCACAAGUGCGAAGGGAAACACCACUGGCCUCGGCACUGCCUGCCAGGAACGUAUUCAAAUGCGGAUGGGACAGACUGUAUCAAGUGUCCAGCAGGAUGGCCAUGCCCCAAUUCUCGCACAAACAGCGAACAACUGGUGA